UGUUUAUUGUCAAACAUGUAUCUGCCUUUCUAAAUCACUUGUGUUUAAAGUGCAUCAACACUUGAGCUUCGCACAUCGUUACCUGUUAGCGUUGGCUAUGUUUACAAAAAAACAACAACAAUGUGACUGCAACCAAGUUAUAGACUUUUUUCUCUGUUUAUCCAUGCUUGAACAUCAUAAUGACUGAUUUUGAGGGACAGAAGGAGGAGCAGCCGGAGGUGGCACUCACUAUACCAGAACAAGGAGCUCACAACCCAAACUGCGUCUCCACAGAGGAGGAGCAGCUGCCCUAUCCGGAUCUGGCCCCUGUGGUUUGGCUCUUCUUAAAACAAACAACAAGACCCCGUAACUGGUGUCUGCAAAUGACUUGUAGCUCGUGGUUGGAUAAUAUAUCCAUACUGAUGGUCCUACUGAACUGUGUGACUAUGGGCAUGUACAAGCCCUGUGGAGAGAUUAGCUCCAACCUACAGGUGUUGGAGGCUUUUAUCAUUGCAUUCUUUAUGGUGGAAAUGCUCAUCAAGAUGGUGGCCCUGGGAAUCUUUGGCUGUAAAGGAAGUUACCUGAGCAGCAACUGGAACAAGUUUGACUUCCUUAUCAACUUGGGAAAGGUUUUGGAUUAUUAUCUGGAUUCCCUUGGCAUCGACUUUCAUAUCUCUCAGGUGCUCAGGCCAAUACGACUGAUCGGCAGAGUACCAAGUAUGCGAGACUUGGUGUCAGUACUCUCAGAGACCGUGCCCAUGCUUGCAAAUGUUCUCAUCCUCUACAUCUUCGUCAUCCACAUCUUUGCUGUUGUGGGAGUCCAGCUGUGGGCAGGGCAGCUGCUCAACCGCUGCUUCCUGGGAGAGGACAUUCGCACAAAGUACAAUGUGUCCUUAAGUCCGUACUAUGUGUCCAAGUAUGGUGAAAAAUACCCAUUUAUCUGUUCGCCUGACGGCAAGAACGGGAUGGUACGCUGCCAUGAUGUUCCACCUUACAAGAAGGAUAGGAAAACCUGCUCAUUGGCUGCUCCCCAACAUGCUUCAGCUGCAAAUGAGUUAGUCCCUAUGGGGGCUGGGGCCACUGCUAACACCUGUGUAAACUGGAACCUGUACUACAAUGUCUGUCGUGCCGGAGACCGCAACCCUCAAAUGGGAGCGAUCAGUUUUGAUAACAUUGCCUUUGCCUGGAUAGCCAUAUUCCAGGCGGUGACACUGGAGGGAUGGUCGGAGAUCAUGUUCUAUGUCAUGGAUGCUCAUUCCAUCUGGAGUUUUCUAUUUUUCAUACUUGUCACCAUUGUGGGCUCCUUUAUCAUGAUAAACGUGUGCGCAGUCGUCAUCGCCACCCAGUUCUCUGAGAAUAUGGGAAGGGACACAGGAGAGCAGCGUGCUGGUGCUGUGUCUCUCACACGGCUCAAGUUAACCUGCUGGCUGCAGCAGAUCUCCAGGAGGUGCAGCAGUCAUUUCAACAAGGUGCACCCUAUUGGCAGAGGCAGCUUGAGAAAUUCCUCAGUGAUUCAAGUCUUGAAACCACUCAAGAGAAAGGUUACGAGGACUGUCAAAAGUAAACUCUUCGACCGAGUGAUCAUGUUUGCCGUUUUACUCAGUAUUCUCACCAUGGCCAUUGAGCACCACGAGCAGCCUAAGAAGUUAACACAUAUGUUACAGAUCAGUAACAUAAUCUUCACCAUUAUAUUUGUUGUGGAGAUGACCUUAAAGCUAAUCGCUCUCACGUGGACAUACUUCAGGGACCGAAACAACAUAUUUGACUUCGUCAUCGUCAUCAUCAGUUUGUGGGAAAUCAAUCAUAAAGCUGAUGGCAGAUUGUCAGUUCUACGCGCAUUUCGUUUGCUGCGGUUUGUGAGGCUUGUUCACUUCCUCCCUUACCUGAAGAGACAACUGCUAGUGCUGAAGAGGACCAUACAAGAGGCAGCCGCACUCUGCGGGCUACUGCUGUGUGUCAUUUUCAUUUUUAGUGUACUGGGUAUGUACUUGUUCGGUUGUAAAUUUAAUUUCAGGGCUAAAGGACGCAGUGGCCGAAAACACUUUGACUCCCUACUCUGGUCCAUGGUCACAGUGUUCCAGCUUCUGACACAGGAGGACUGGAAUCAGGUGCUAUACAAGGCCAUGGAUGCUACAUCCCCAUGGGCCGCUCUCUACUUUAGUGCGGUCAUUGUGUUUGGGAAACAUGUUCUUCUAAAUGUACUUGUGGGCAUAGUGGUUCAGAGCUUCCAGGCCAGGCGCACCACAAGUUCCAAUCAAGACUGUGGGUCUGAUAAUUCCACUCCAACCAACCUGACCCAUUCACAGACAGAUGACAGCAAGACAAAUGACCCUUCAAGACCCAUCCUACACCACUCCCUCUCUCGCCCUGGGCCCAGCAGAUCCACUAUGAUUAACUCAGCCCCCAAGGAAGACUCUGCACCUACAGAUAUCAAGGAGGACAACAGAUCUGUGAACUUGAUCCACAGAGUGCGCCGCUGGUGCAAAGAGCAUGAAGAGUCGUCAUUCUAUGUGUUUUCUCCACAGAACAGGUUCCGUAUCUGUUGCCAACGUGUGAUAUCUCACAAGAUGUUUGACCACGUGAUUCUGCUCUUCAUUCUACUAAGCUGUGUCACCAUUGCUUUGGAGAGGCCUGGACUAGACCCUGAUGGCAUGGAGCUAUGGAUCCUGGAUAUGUCUGGUUACGUAUUCUCUGCUGUCUUCCUGGUAGAGAUGCUUUUAAAGGUUUUAGCUCUUGGUUUGCUGUUCGGGAAGGAGAGCUACUGCCGGUCUUCGUGGAAUGUCGUGGAUGGUUUGUUGGUGAUUCUGUCUUUGGUCCACAUCUCUGUCUCUCUGGCCAAUAAGGGCAAACAUAACAAGCUGGGUAUCCUGAAAGUAUUACGCCUGCUACGCACACUGCGCCCACUGAGGGUGAUCAAGCGAGCCCCAAAACUGAAGCUGGCUGUGGAAGCUCUGAUGGCCUCAGUUAAACCCAUCGGGAACAUCGUUUUCAUUUCCUGCGCCUUCUUAUUUUUUUUUGGCAUCUUUGGGGUGCAGUUGUUCAAAGGGAAGUUCUACUACUGUGUGGGUGAGGACACAAGAAACAUCAUCAACAAGACUGACUGUCUGUCGGCCAACUAUCGCUGGUUACGAAAGGAGUACAACUUUGACAACCUGCCUCAGGCUCUGAUUUCCUUGUUUGUAAUGUACUCUAAGGAUGGCUGGGUGAACAUCAUGUAUGAUGGGCUGGAUGCUGUGGGAGUAGACCAACAGCCUCAGAGGAACCACAACGAAUGGAUGCUUCUCUAUUUCAUCUCCUUCAUGCUUAUGAGCUUCUUGCUCCUCGACAUGUUUAUCGGCGUAAUGGUGGAGACCUUCCACCAGUGUCAGCAGGAGCAAAAAAGAAGAAGAGAUGGAGGGUUACUAGAAGAGGGAGGAGAAGUAUUGCAAGACCAGUGCAGCAAUCCUGAGCAGAUGCCAUAUUACACACACUACUCGCCCAUGCGUCGAUCUAUCCAUACUCUGUGUACCAGCAACUUCCUUGACCUCUUCAUGACUGUUGUCAUUUUCAUCAGUGUCUUGAUGAUGGCUUUCGAACAUUAUAAUCAACCUUCGUAUAUAGCGAAGCUUACAGCGUAUUCCUACUAUGUGUUCACUGCCAUCCUGAUCAUCGAAGUCCUGCUGAAGCUCGUGGCGUUUGGCGUACUGAGGUUCAUAAAAAUCAGUUGGAAUCUGCUGGAUGUUGCAGUAGUCUUGGUUUCCAUCAUCAGUAUCAUUUUCACCGAGAUGAAAAUUGCAUACUCAUUUCCUAUUAAUCCCAGCAUCCUGAGAGUCUGCAGAGUACUCAGGCUAGCACAAGUGCUGAAGGCCAAAAAGAUACGAGUUCUGCUGAAAACCAUUAUCAAGACGCUCUCACAGGUUGGAAAUAUUUGUCUACUCUUCAUGUUCUUCUUUUUCAUCUAUGCUGUGCUGGGAGUGGAGCUGUUUAGCAGGAUAGAAUGCAACGACGAUCACCCAUGUCUGGGUUUAAAUCGGCACACCAACUUCAGGCAUUUUGGGAUGGCCCUGCUCACGCUCUACCAAGUGUGCACUGGGGACAACUGGAGCGGGAUUAUGAAAGACACAUUGAGGGAGUGUCAUCCUCAUGACGAACACUGUUUGGCGUACCUGCCCUGGGUCUCUCCGAUCAUCUUUACCAGCUUUGUGGUUAUGGCCCAGUUUGUGCUGGUGAACCUGGUUGUGGCAGCGAUAAUGCAAGCUCUGGACGACAGCCUUGAGAACAAACCUACUCACUGCUGUCUCCCCCAGGAGGUUGAACUGCAGGACGCUAAGCGGGCCAUGUUGUCUCAAGGGAAGAGUGACAGAUCCAGCUCCAGCCACGGAGACGCAGAGGAACCCUCAGAGUACAAUAAAAAAAGCAGGUGGACCACUUGCACACCUGUCUGAUCAUGGAGACCUCAGCUGCUGGAGGAAUGGACACUUCCCGAAGAGCCACCACUCUGUCAUCUGCAACAGAUACAACAUGAGAUGCAACUACUUUCCAAUAUGUCACCAUUUAAAAGGUGUUGUUAAUUGCUAUAAUGUAAUGUAUGUAAUGGCUUUAUUAAUGACAAAUAAAUAAUUUUCUAAUUCUUUAUUGUUACCAGGUUUAUAGGUUAUAACCCAUUAUUGAGAACAACCUUUAGACCCCUCCAAUGGACAAUUUGACCCCUGACCUUCUGUAAAGCAGGAAACAUUUUGUGUCCAGUAUUUUUUCUGAUAUUGAAAAUAUGUGUAUAUUCAUUGAUUCGGGGGGUUCAAUGAGGGAGAAGGAGUAGAUGUUAUUUUAAUAAUCUUUAAAAAGGUAAUGGAACAUGUUGAGUGGAAAAACGUCUAGCCUGAAGUAUAUGUUUAAGUCUACAUCAAGUCUGUAGACUUGAUGGAUUAUUAUAAAAUACCCUUAAUCAAUCCCUUUUAAACAUUAUUUUGUUAAAAUCUAUUUGACAAUUUUAUAUUAUAUAUUUAAGAUUCUUGACCUGCAGUACUA